AUGUCUUCGGGAUCGAGACCCAAGAGAGAGGUUGCAGAACCCAGACCUAGUGCUUCGAUACUCCUAAUUUCCCCCUCGAAUGAGAUUCUCCUGUUACAUCGAGUGCGAACAUCGUCUUCCUUCCCCUCAGCACACGUAUUCCCCGGCGGGAAUCUAAGUGCUUCGCAAGACGGCGAGAUUCCCGGCCCGAAAGAUGCAGAGCGGCAUAGAGAUGGGCUGGCUUAUAGGAUGGGUGCUAUAAGGGAGUGUUUUGAGGAGAGUGGGAUCCUGUUAGCGAAGAAGAACUCCGAUUCAUCCUCUUUGUUGGAAAUCGAGGAGAGUGAAAGGGAACGAGCUAGGAAGGAGAUUCACGCUGGGAAGCUGAAAUUUGGGGAAUGGGUGAAGGAGAGUGGUGGGGUUGUGGACAUAGAUGGACUUAUACCGUUUACGAGAUGGAUCACGCCGACGAACCUUCCGAAGAGAUUCACGACGCAGAUGUAUAUUUACUUCUUGCCUCUCGCUCAAACCGGACCCACCAAAAACAUCGCCUCGAAAUCUGUGAUUCCGGUCCCGACUUCAGAUGGAGGGGUAGAACAUACUGCUGCGCUUUUCGCGCCGUGUAAAAUAUGGUUGGAACAAGCGAGCAGGAAUGAGAUUAUUCUUUUCCCGCCGCAGUUUUACCUUAUACACCUCCUGUCUCCCUUCCUCUCUCCCUCUCUCUCCUCCUCCUCUUCGCCCUCGACAAAUGAGUUACAGGACCAACGGGACAAAGUCCGAGAGUUCUUGCAAGGAGAUGGAGGGGAUGGGAAAGGCGUAAAGUGGGGCGAGAAGGUCAUGAGUCCGAUUGGGAUUUUGAUGGGGAGGGAUGGGCGGAGCGUGUUGGGGCUUGAGAAGCCAGGACCGGAAUUGAAGGAGAGUGGGAGAGGGGGCGAUGAGAAGAGGGUUGUGCUUGUGAGAUUUGGGAGGGAGGGGCCGAGGGAUUUGGAGGUAAAGGAGAGGGCGGAGGUGUUGGAAGAGGAGAGGGAGGAGGCGAAGUUGUAG